UACUGUCCCAGGCAAACAAUGAUUAACUGCAGCUGCUCAGAGUCAAACUUUGUUCUUAGUUUUCCCAUAAUUCCUUGUUUUGAGUUGUGGCUGGACAUUGCUCUUCGGAGAAGGAGACAUACCUGUGGAGAGGCAUACAGUAACCAGAUUAUGGACACUAAUUCUUCCACUCUGAGAGUUGGCGUUGUAGGACAUGGACACCUAGGGCAGUUCCUGGUGGACAAACUCCUUGAAGCUGGAGCUGGUCUUGGUUUGGUUCUGGGUUUUGUCUGGAACCGGAAUCCCAACAAGCUCGUGGGUUCAGUCCCUGCUGAACUGAUACUUGAUGACUUGUCGUCCUUCGCAAACAGGCGCUGUGAUGUGAUUGUAGAGGUGUGUCAUCCACAGAUCGUGAGAGAUUUUGGACUCAAAUUUCUCUCUGAGGCUCACUUCAUGGUGGGCUCUCCGUCUGCCCUUUCUGAUCCUGACCUGAACCAGAAACUGCGGCAGGCAUCUCUACAACAUGGCAGGACGCUUUAUAUACCCAGCGGUGCAUUAUGGGGAGGCCAGGACAUCCAAAGAAUGAACGAUAGUGGGACAUUAAAGGCUUUGUUCAUAAGAAUGUCCAAGCAUCCGUCAUGCUUUCGACUGACAGGAGACGUCCUCAGUGACUGGACAGAAGGAGAGGGCAGGCGGGUUUUGUUCAGAGGCUCAGUGGCAGACCUGUGUCCUCUCGCUCCUAACAACGUCAACACCAUGGCGGCAGCAGCCGUGGCAGCAGGAAAGCUCGGCUUUCCAGGUGUUCAGGGAGAGAUCGUAUCAGACACAGAGCUAAAAGACUUUCAUGUGGUGGAGGUGGAGGUGACUGGGCCUGAUGGGUUCUCAGUGCACACAGUGAGGAGGAAUCCAGCCAAACUCGGCGCCGUGACUGGCAGCGCAACAUACAACUCCUUCUGGAACAGCUUACUCAUUUGCAGAGGUCACGGUGGCAGAGUUUACUUGUGCUGAACCAUGGAGGAUUACCUGCAAUGUAGGAGGAAGAUCCCCGACCAAAUUCCAGAUAAAUUAAAGAGCUCUGGAUGGAUACGCUGCAUGUAUGGUGGAUCUCUACGUUAGCGCGUCACUUGGCUUUGUAAACUUGCCGACCUUUCAAUGUGUUUCAUUGAACUGAAUGCUUGG